CGACCAUCCAAACAGAGUGUUAAAUUCAACCACUAGCUAGCCUUUUUCUUUUUCGAUAUAAAUAAGCCCCUCACAGUCCUUGACUUCUUGCUAUAUUUCCUACCGUUGUUUUACACACAUAACAAAAUAUGGAGUCCCAAUGGCCAGAAAACUCAUUGGCUUAUAUGAAAAUGUUGAUCAAUGAGUUGAACUGUGGACAGGAAUUAACAAACCGGCUCAAAGAGGUGAUCAACAAACCUCUAUGUGAUAGAGGCAAGAAUUUGUUGGCAGAGGAUUUAGUGGAGAAAAUUAUGGGUUCAUUUUGCAAGACUAUCUCAAUACUAAAGUCUAGCAAGUCCAUAGAUGAAGAUUCUCAGGUUAAUCCGAUGGUGGCUGUUUCGUCUUGUUGGAAAGGUGGUCGGAGAUCGCCGGAUGAAGACUCAACGGGUAGUUGCAAGAUAUCAUCACCAAAAGAUCAAAGAGGAUAUAACAAGAGAAGGAAAAUUUCAGUGAAAAAUGUAAAAGAAACCUCAACUUUGGUGGAUGAUGGCCACGUUUGGCGAAAAUAUGGCCAGAAACAAAUCCUUGAUGCCCCUUUUCCAAGGAACUAUUAUAGAUGCACCUAUAAGUUUGAUCAAGGAUGCCAAGCAACUAAACAAGAGCAAAGAAUCCAAGCUAAUCCACCUCGAUUUCGGACCAUGUACCAAGGUCAUCACACAUGUAAAACUAAUUACCCCACAGUUUCCCAAAUUCUCUUAGAUUCUCAGAAAGAUCAUGAUGAUUCUUCAACCCUAUUGAGUUUUGAUUCCAACACUAAUUAUUAUUACAAUCCUUGUUUUCCAACAUUUCCUUCAACAAAAAAGGAAAUCAAGAAAGAGGUCUCCCUAACUUGCUCCUACCCUAAUCAACACCAAAUCCAAUCAUCAAGCUCUGACUAUUUUCUCCCGUUAGAAUAUGAUUAUUCGACUCUAACAGCUGAGACUUCCGGUCAUGUUAAGGCGGCGUUAUCAUCAGAGUCAGAUAAUGGGGAUUUCAUCUCAUCUGGAUCAAUCUACUCUUUUUCUACUAGCACAGAUCAGUACUGUAUGGAAAUGGAUAUGAUGCUAGGCUCAAUUAACUUUGGACAUUUGCCUUUUCAAUUUUAAUGGUAGAUUUUUUUUUCACUUUUUCUUUUAAGUAGAGCUACUGGUGCAUCUAGAACUUGUUCUGUGAGUUUAGUUGAAUUCAUUACUUAUUGUGACUUGCUACAAGCGGUAAGGGGCUUGUAGAAGUGUACUAUAUUUUUAUUUCCGAUUUCGUUGACAUAGAAUUUGUAGCACUGUAUGUUAGAUGCUUUGACAUGAAAAGUGAUUUUUAAAUUCGUUCCAA